AUGAUGUGAAAAUCCAACGGUCAGGAAAGAUGGUCAACGCCAGCCCAUUGAGUCGUCAUCUGAAGGAGAAGUGAAACUUCUAGAAUGAAAAUCAAGCCAAGCGGUUUCCUUCACCGUUAAGUCGAGGCAGAACAAAGUAGACGCGGACAACAGUCUCCGUCUUUCGCAUUUCGCAGCCUACAAAAAGGAAACUAAAAAAAAAAAAAUCAAACCCAAAUUAAUUAGCAACAAAUCAAAAGGAAAUGGCGUUGCAGUGGAUGAUCCUAACCUACGUGGUCGCAGCAGAGGCUGCCCUGGCUCUUCUCUUGACCUUCCCCUCUCCCAAGUUAUUGAAGAACCGUUUCGUCUCUCUCAUCUCCCUCAUUCUUCAGCCCACCCUCUUUAUUAUCCCCUUUGCCGGAUUCCAGCUCUUAGAUAUCUACUGGAAGAACGAACAUCGAUUGAUGUGCACCUCUGAGAUCUGCACUGCUGCCGAGAGAGAUCGUUAUGAGAAAUCCGUGUUCAAAGCUCAAAGGAAUGUAAUUUUGUGUACGACUGCAUGCCUCCUUUACUGGUGUAUCUACCGGAUUUGCAAGUAUCACAAGGAAAUUCAGAGUUUGGAGGAAGUAGAGAAGAGAUACAAGAAUGAGUAGUUUGGUAUCAGAAUGCUUCUAUACAAAAACUCAUCAACUUGUAGAGACUACGUUAUGUUCUAAAGCCUACACAUGGCAUGUUUUCAAUACAGCUAAAGCUCCUGCGCGUUUCUCUCAGCGGAAACUAUAAUUCUUUCCUUGAACCAUGUAUGUUCUUUUUGUUAACACUUGAGCGGUUAUGGUUGUCUUGUUAGUUGGAAGUGCCAAGGCCAUACGUACACAUUGGUUAGGAAAAUUCAACACACAACUGGCUUUUCUAUAACUCUAAAUAAUUAUAAUAAAAAAGCUUCAUGACAAUUUUAAUUUAAA